AUGAGCAUCCGAACUGUCGAAUUGAAGCCUUUCCAGGACCAGAAGCCCGGAACUUCUGGUCUCCGCAAGAAGGUCAAGGUCUUCCAGCAGGAACACUACUCGGAGGCCUUUGUUACCAGUAUUCUCCUGUCCAUUCCCGAAGGCGUCGAGGGCUCGUUCCUCGUUGUUGGUGGUGAUGGCCGUUACUGGAACCCUGAGGUCACUCAGGCCAUUGCUAAGAUUGGUGCUGCCUAUGGCGUCAAGAAGCUCUUGAUCGGCCAUAAUGGAAUCAUGAGCACACCCGCUGCCAGUCAUCUCAUCCGAAUUCGCAAGGCGACAGGUGGUAUCCUGCUGACUGCCAGCCACAACCCCGGUGGCCCCGAGGAGGACUUUGGCAUCAAGUACAACUUGGCCAACGGUGCUCCCGCUCCCGAGAGCGUCACCAAUAAGAUCUACGAAACCUCCAAGACACUCACCUCAUACAAGAUCGCCGACAUUCCUGAUAUCGACCUCAGCACCAUCGGCACACAAAAGUAUGGAGAGCUCGAGGUUGAGAUUGUCCACUCCACUGAGGACUACCUCAAGAUGCUCAAGGACAUCUUCGACUUCGAUCUCAUCAAGUCUUUCCUCAAGCAGCACCCUGACUUCAAGGUUCUCUUUGAUGGUCUGAGCGGUGUUACUGGCUCUUACGGAGUCGACAUCUUCGAGAAGGAGCUCGGUAUCCCCAACAGCACACAGAACUGCGUCCCCAAGCCAGACUUUGGUGGUCACCACCCCGAUCCUAACCUCGUCUACGCCAAGUCGCUGGUCGAUGCCGUUGACAAGAAUGGAAUUCACUUUGGUGCUGCCAGUGACGGUGACGGUGACCGAAACAUGAUCUACGGCGCCAAGUCAUUUGUCUCCCCUGGUGAUAGUCUGGCUAUCAUUGCCCACCACGCAGAGCUCAUUCCAUACUUCAAGAAGCAGGGUAUCUACGGUCUUGCCCGUAGCAUGCCCACAUCUGGUGCGAUUGACCUUGUCGCUAAGGCCAAGGGCGUCGAGUGCUACGAGGUGCCCACUGGCUGGAAGUUCUUCUGCGGUCUUUUUGAUUCCAACAAGAUGAAUAUCUGCGGUGAGGAGAGUUUCGGAACCGGUAGCAACCACAUCCGUGAGAAGGACGGUCUGUGGGCUGUUGUCGCUUGGCUGAACAUCCUGGCUGGCGUUGGACAGAAGAGUGGUACCACACCCAGCAUUGCUUCAGUCCAGAAGGACUUCUGGAAGACUUACGGACGUACCUUCUUCACCCGAUACGACUACGAAGGCUGCGAGACCGAGGGUGCCAACAAGGUCACGAGCCACAUGAAGGAGCUCAUCACCACCAAGAAGGACGAGUUUGUUGGUUCAACCAUCGCUGGCCGCAAGGUCACCGAGGCAGACGACUUCUCGUACACAGACCUUGACGGUAGCGUCAGCAAGAACCAGGGUAUCUACGUCAAGUUCGAUGACGGCAGCCGCAUUGUCGUGCGUCUGUCCGGUACAGGAAGCAGCGGCGCCACCAUCCGUCUGUACAUCGAGAAGCACACUAGCGACGAGUCUACAUACGACACGGAUGCCCAAGACUUCCUCAAGGACAACGUCAAGCUUGCGACUGAUCUCCUGAAGCUCCAGGAGUACAUUGGCCGUACCGAGCCCGAUGUUAAGACAUAA